AUGGCACAGACUCAAGGUUUUGGGAAGAGAUACAUUAAAGCCUUUUUUAAAGGUUUCUUUGUUGCUGUUCCGGUAACGGUGACUUUCCUGGAUAGAGUUGCCUGUGUAGCAAGGGUGGAAGGAGCAUCAAUGCAG